AUGAGAUUUGAAAUAAGGUUGGCACGACGGCGGAGGCCGGGGCGUGGAUGCCCGGGGUGUGCGGGCUGGGUGCGGGUGGUGGUGGCUGGGCGGGGGUGCUGCCCGGGGCCGAGCCGAGCUGACGCGCGCUCCCCGCAGGUGUGGUUCAAAAACCGGCGGGCCAAGUGCCGGCAACAGCAGCAGAGCGGCGGCGGCGCCAAGGCCCGGCCAGCCAAGAAGAAGUCGUCGCCGGCGCGGGAGAGCUCGGGCUCGGAGAGCAGCGGCCAGUUCACGCCGCCUGCCGCCUCCAGCUCCGCCUCGUCCUCCUCGUCCAGUUCCAACUCCUCGGGCCCCGCGGCGGCGGCGGCGGCGGCGCUGGGCAACCCGACGGCGGCGGCGCUGAGCACGCCCGCCUCGUCCAUCUGGAGCCCGGCGUCCAUCUCCCCGGGCGCGGCGCCCUCGGCCGUGGCCGUGUCGGUGCCGGAGCCGCUGCCGCCCAGCAGCGCUUCGUGCAUGCAGCGCUCCGUGCCCGGCGCCUCGUCCGCCUCCUACCCCAUGUCGUACGGCCAGGGCGGCGGCUACGGGCAGGGCUACGCCGCGCCGCCCUCCUCCUCCUACUUCGGCGGCGUGGAUUGCAGCUCCUACCUGGCGCCCAUGCACUCGCACCACCACCCGCACCAGCUCAGCCCCAUGGGCCCGUCCUCCAUGCCCGGCCACCACCACCACCCGCUGAGCCAGAGCUCGGGCCACCAUCACCACCACCACCACCACCAGGGCUACGGCAGCGCGGGGCUGGCCUUCAACUCCUCCGACUGCCUGGACUACAAGGAGCCCGGCGCCGCCGCCGCCGCCUCCUGGAAACUCAACUUCAACUCCCCCGACUGCCUGGACUACAAGGACCAGGCGUCCUGGCGCUUCCAGGUGCUGUAGGGCCCCGGCCCUCGCCCUCGCCCUCGCCCUCGCCCUCGCCCG